UUUAUAAAUCAUAAAUUUUUAUUUUAAUCUAAUCAUACAAAAUUUAAUAUAAAUUAAUAAACAAAAGAAGAAAAGCAAGAAUAAUGAGUGACAAUAAAAAUGUAAGACGUGUUAGUACACCAGAUGUAUCUGAUAUUAGUAGCUCAUCAAAGGAUCCCUUCCAUAAUUUUCGUUCAUUACGUUCUCAUCGAAGUCAUAAGCAAUUAACAAAAAAACCUAAAGUAUCAGUAAUAUUAGAAGUUGAUACUGAUGCUGAAUCAAAUGAUGAAAAUAAACCAAAGCAAUUAAAUCAAAAUAAACCGAGACCGGUAUCAAUGAAUAGUUUAAAAUUUGAUUUAGAACAACCGAUACGUAUGAGUAGUACAAGAGAUAGCCGUCGUAGUACAAAAAGUAUUGUUAGCACAAUAAGUACAAAAAGUCUUGAUUUAACAACAUUUAAUAGAAAUGAAUCAACUAAUUCCAGUCGUAAUAGUUAUGAUCGAACAAAAUUAAAAAGAUAUGAAUCUAGUUCCAGUCAUAAUAGCUAUGAUCGUACAGGUGGCACAAUUAAUGGUCAUUUAAAUAAUGGUUUUCAAAAUAGUAACAAUAAUUUACAUCGUUCAACAAGUUCAAUUCAUAGUACUGAAACUGGUCCACCAGUUGUCCGUGAACAAUAUUUUUGUUGUAGAAAAUGGUCAAAAAGAGAGAAAAUCUUAACAACUGUUGUUGCAACAUUAAUUAUUUUGGUAUGCGGUCUUGUUGUUGCUAUUGGUAUUGUUGCGGAAAAACGAGCUCAGAAAAACAGUGAAAAUUUCUUGUUAGCCCUUUGAUACCUGUGAUUUUUAUUCUAUUUGUUUUUUUUUUUUAGGAAAAAUUCUAUAAUUUUUAAAUUUUUAUUAGCUAUAAACUAAAAUUUAUUUAACAAAAAUAUUU